GCGGGGCCUGUCACAGUCCCGGUAGCUCCUCCCCCUCCCCCCGGCGGUCGAUGCAGCGCUCGGUGUGGGGCGCGGCCCGGGCUCUCCUGGCUCGCUCUGUGGAGGAGUUCCCGGUGGAGCUCGGGCCGGAGGUGGAUGGCAGCGCGGCCUGGUGUGUGCGGGAAGCCGCGGCCUGUGUGUACCGAGGGGAGGCCGGGCGGUGCGGCCAGCUCGGGGAGCAGCUCAUGGACUGUGGCUGGGAGAGGCUGAACGGCCGCGGCUGGCGGGAGGUGUCCCGGAGCUGGAGGCGGCUAUACUCCUACGGCUGCCUGUACCGAGCGCUGGGCCUGUGCGGGACCGGGGGCAGCAUGGAGGAGGCUCUCUCAGUGUGUGACCUGGGACUGCUCCUGGGGGCCCACAUCAUGGACAACGUGCUGGGCCGGCUCAUCAGCACACUGCAACACGCACACAGAACCGGGACCGGCCCACUGACCGACACGGAGCUCAUUAAUGGGUCAGAACCAAGAAUGGGCCCACUGACCGGCCCACGGACCGACACGGAGCUCAGUGAUGGGUCAGAACAGAACUCAGAACCAAGGAUGGGCCCACUGACUGAUAGGGAGCUCAGUGAUGGGUCAGAACCAAGGAUGGACCCACUUACUGACAGGGAGCUCAGUAAUGGGUCAGAACCAAGGAUGGACCCACUGACUGACAGGGAGCUCAGUAAUGGGUCAGAACAGAACUCAGAACCAAGGCUGGUACCACUGACUGACAGGGAGCUCAGUAAUGGGUCAGAACCAAGGAUGGGCCCACUGUCUGACAGGGAGCUCAGUAAUGGAUCAGAACCAAGGAUGGGCCCACUGUCUGACAGGGAGCUCAGUAAUGGGUCAGACCAGAACUGCGAGCCAGAACCAAGGAUGGACACACUGUCUGUCAUUAACAAGAAUAAGACCCAGACAGAGGGAUCCAUGAGCUCAGGUAAUCUGUGCUUGGCAGCCUUAUUGAAAGUGGCAGCCUAUACAGUAACUCCAGGUAUCAUGCUGAGAUUGGCAUUUGUUUUAAUGUAGAUGUCAUGAUAUCCUAUUUCUAAUACUGUAUCUGUAUAAUUUAGUAUUAUUUGCUGUCAUAGGAUAAUCCAUAGGGGAUUGGAGGUGCUGAGCAAUUUAUGUGAAAUUUUGUAUUUGUGAAAAAAUACCUCAUUCUAUCCUUAUAGACCCCUCAGACAUGCUCAGUCUACUAACAGGAAUUAUGUCUCCUAUUGGCUUUUUAUUUUUAUUAGGAAGUCAGAUUCUGGACACUCUAAAACUCAGGGCAUAGUAGUGUCCUGUCUUCAUGUGCUGCUAUUGGGUAAUUUGCAUAAGGAGUGAAAUUGGGGCACUUUAAAUUUUUUUGUUUGUUUUUUUUGCUACUGGUCCUAAAGUACUGUAAUUGAGGAAUUUGUAUUUUAGCCUGUUAUAGUGCAGGAACAGACCAUGUAAAUUCCUGCAACCAAAUUAUUAAAGGGACACUAUAAUCUAGGAAUACAAACUUGUAUUCCUACGACUAGAACUCCCAAUAGGUCACCACUCAGUGCUAGGUCUGGUUCCUUCUUCUCCGACAUAGGGGACCUAAUGGGCAGCAAGUACAUCAGGACAGCCCCAUUGGAAAGCAUUGUAUAAAGCUUUCCUAUUGUAUUUUGUGUGACGCUGGGCAUCCAUCGUGUCAGAACGUCCGUCAGGCGAUUAAAAGUCGCAUAAUGACCCGGAAGUCCCUCUAGUGGCUAUCUGGUAGGCAGCCACUAGCAGUGGAGUUACCCCUGGAUAGUAAUUAUUGCAAUAAUUACGAUUGCAGGAUUAUGGAGACUGGGACAGUGCACCCAGGCCACUUCAAUGAGCGGGAGUGGUCUGGCAGCCUGUAGUGUCCUCUUAAAGGAUCACUAUAGUGUCAGGAAAACAAAACUGUUUUCCUGACACUAUAGUGCCCUGAGGGUGCCCCCACCCUCAGGGUUCCCCUCCUGUUGCGCUGAAGGGGUUAAAACCCCUUCAGCCACUUACCUUAUUCCAGCGCCGGGCUCCUUCGGCGCUGGUGACCUCUCCUCCCUGUCCUACGUCAGCAGAGCUUAAUGCGCAUGCGCAUUCAAAGUGUCCAUAGGAAAGCAUUUCUCCAUGCUUUCCUAUGGGCGCGCUGCGCGAUGGAGGCAUAAUAUGCCUCUAGUGGGUGUCCGGAAGACAGCCACUAGAGGCUGGCUUAACCCCAAAUGUAAACAUAGCAGUUUCUUCAUCUCUGAAACUGCUAUGUUUGCCUCUGAAGGGUUAAAACCCGAGGGACCUGGCACCCAGACCACUUCAUUGAGCUGAAGUGGUCUGAGUGACUAUAGUGUCCCUUUAACCCCUUAAGGACACAUGACAUGUGUGACAUGUCAUGAUUCCCUUUUAUUGCAGACAUUUGGUCCUUAAGGGGUUAAGCUGAAUAACAAGCAUUUACGUCUUAGUUGGUUGUGCUACAGAAGAGCCUUUUUUGAAAGAAUAGUUCCGAUUAUAAUGUUACUUAAUAGGUUGUUUUGCAUUCUUAUUCCUUUAGAACUGGUAAUGAAAAUUAAAGGUAAAUCAACAAGCACCAUAACAACUAUAGUUUGCUUUAGUGCUAAGAGUGCACUGGAGCCCUCCCAGUCUAAGUAGUCAAACUGUUAUAAGAUAACUUACUUUAGGUCUGGUUAUCCACCAUCACCUCCUCUGGAGCCAGAAUGUCCUGUAAGGUGAUUCAUUAGCUCCACUUUGCUAAGCCCUGUGCUGGCUUAUUGGUGCUCUCAGCCAAUGAGCGCCUACCUGCACCACCAGACUUCUCUCAGGGCAGGAACUUGUGGGGGCAGAGGAGGUGGCUGCAGGCACCAGGUGAACACCAGGUAAGUUUUGGUUUGACUACUAAAGAUAGGAAGGUGCCACUACAACAGGCUGUAGUGUUUAUGGUGUGUAUGGAGUGUUUCUUUAAUGGAAUCACCUUUUGUGAUUCUCUUUUAGGUUCAUCAGGUCAAGGAAGUUCAGGUAGAACAUACAGAACAUUUAGGCAAGGGGUGUCACAAAUAUUCGUGCUUGGAUCCAUGUUUGAAUUUUAGAAAGAUCCUGAGUGUUUUCAGCUCCACAAACAUAGGGUGCACAAAGAAAAAGGCAGUGGAUGAGAUAAAUGUAAAGGGGGGUGGGAGGGGAGGAGAGAAGCAGGUGGAGAGAAUUAUCCACGGCAAGUGUGGAUAGUGUCUGUAGGGGCUAGAUCUAAAUAAUGUUCAGGUCCUAUAGUCAUCUCACCAGGUCCCAAAUAUAUAUAUCUUUUUUACUGAAGCCAUACAUUUAAUUGACUGUCCUCUGUAAACCAGACAGCAGCUUAGGCCCUUCUGUUAUAGAGCAAGGUACCCAAAAGGUAGAUUCCUAGAUGUUGUAGAACUACAACUCCCAUGAUGCUUUGCAUACCAUUAGAAUGACAAAGCAUCAUGGAAGCUGUAGUUUUAAAACAUCUGGGGAUCUACCUUUUUGGCAUCCCUUUUUAUAGAGUUUCUGUUAAUGCCAUGGGAACCUUUUUAGAAGGGUCUUCCUGUAAUCAAUAUCAAGAGAAACCUCCUUAUUGCAGAUUUCACCCUUACCCAAAAUGGAUCAUGCCCACUAUAUGGAGGUAUGUGCCUUUCUGCCAUAUUGAUUGUUUUGGAGGUCUUACAUUUGGCACAUUUAGCAAAAAUGUUAUUUUCUGGCUGUCACAAAAUUAAAGAUCAUUUAAUAUCUUAUCAAAACCUCACUUAUUUUAUAGAUCUGCACCAUAAGGGAAAGAAGAGACUAAUGGAUGACAAAUGUGAACUGGAACCAGGGAAUUGCAAGGUCCGAGAGGUUUGUUAUAUUUGGUCAUUUAUUCACUAAACAUUGAGCUGUUGCAGGUUGACAGAUCUCUUUCAAACUUUGUGGGCAAAAUAGCUGGAUAUUAAACACUUUAAAAUUUUUAUUUUUGUCGUGAAUGGCAAUAACCUAUCUAGGCCGGUAAUGCCCCAACACAGGCAUAGAGAGAGGCCUCCCUCCUGCUCCAGGCCAUGAUGAGGGCCCACAUCUUGGUUCCACAGACUGGGUCCUUCUCAGAAUGGGAGUAGCCACAGCUCCCAGUGUUACUUCGCUGCCUGUGACGUUGGGUAGCCGCGCUGAGUAGGCUGCUGGUAGCCGAGCAGGGCACGUGGGCUGGGUAGCGUUAGGUGGGGACAACCUGAUCGUCUUUUGAGCCGGGAGAGCGGCUGUCUCCCCACAGCUCCAAUGCGAGUAGGCUGCAAGCCUCAAGUUGGGCAAUUCAGAUAAUUAAGAUAACUGCUGGUAGCGGGCAAUACGUUUAAGUGGACCGGGUAUAGUCCCCAAUAUUUAAGUCCAGUCGUGGGAGCUGUUGCUGAACACGUCCGAUCCGCAUGGCAGUCAAGCUCCGCCCCAAUUUUUUUUCUUAAUUUGUCCACUCAGUAGUCUACUUACCAUUACUCAUGGAUUAAUGAACAGAUAAAGCUCAGAGGAAAUAUUUAUAAACUAUAUGUAAUUACAUUUAAAAAAAAAAAAAAAAAAAAACACCUCCCCUAAAAUUUAGCUUAGUAGAACAUUUAAUUUCAAGACAGUUGCUAUAGUAAGGUAUAUAUAUAUUUUUUUUUAAUUUUUAAAAAACCUUGUUUACAGACUAUGCCUCGCCCUCUCACACCUAUUCUGGAGUUACAAAGUACAAUCCCGAAGCUCCUCUGUCCAUCUUUGGAGCAUUUCAAAGCAAAUUACUUGGUUACACAGCAGCCGGUUAUUCUAGAGGGCAUCAUUGACCAUUGGCCCUGUAUGAAAAAAUGGAGGUAAGAUAUUUCUCUGCUUCAAAAGUCACGUUUCAGAUUUGAUGUACUAACUUUGCUUGUAUCUUAGAGUUCCUGCAAUAUGUAGUCCAAACAUGGUCUUUGUCAAGCCAUAUUCAAUAGCGAUUAACAGCAUACAUUUCUAAAGAUGCUGGAACAUUAAAAGUACAUUAGACACUUUUCAAACUUAACGUUACCACUGCACCUUGCUACUACUACUGUGUCUCGAUCUAUCGCUUUAAUAUCAAGCUGUUAAGGAACAAUCAACAGUUUGAUUUUAACCAAGAAUUGUCCAGUGUGAAAUGAACACUGCUACAUUAUCAGUGAUUUCUUCCAACCCAGACAUCGGUGAUUAGCUGAGAGUGCUGGGCAUGACUGUGGUGCUUACAGCUCUCUGUCUGAGGCAGUGGAGGUAGGGAGCGGCACCUAGCAUACCCAGAUAAGAAGCAAAAUAAUUAUAUAAUGAUUUGACUAAUUACAGUGUGUGGAUGCCAGAGCACUCAUGGCACCAUAACCAUUAAAAAAUCCUGUAGUUAUGGUGCCUGGAGUGUUCCUUAAAGGGACGCUUUUAGUCACAAAUACAACUGCAGCGUAAUGAAGCAGUUUUUGUGUAAAACGAAACGGCAGUGUUUACACUACAGCCUAGGGAUACCUCCACUGGCCUCUCCUCAUAUGGCUGCUAGAGGUGCUUCCUAGGGCAGUGGUGCACACUGUGCGGCACUGACAGUCAGUGCCUCCACCCUCUGCACGGAGACGCAGAACUUUCCUCUUGGCAAUGCAUUGAUUCAGAAGCCAAGGCUGUGUUUGGCUUGUGCUGGCUCUGCCCCUGAUCUGCCUCCUUGGCAAUCUUAGCCAAUCCUGAUUGGCUUUGAUCAACACUUCUGAGGAUGUCAGCCAAGCAGGCAGAUGAGGGGCAGAGCCAGCAGCAACAGACUGGAGAAAAUAUAAGAUUUUACUAUAUUUAGGGGAGCAAGGGUGAGUGGGGGGACUAGAUGGUGUAUUUAACACUAUAGGGCCAGGAACACAAAGAUGUAUUCCUAAUCCUAUAGUGUUCCUUUAAAUCACUUUUGUUUCUUUUUAUGCCGCCUUAAUCACAAGCCUUUUGCAGUGACUCACACAGCUUGCAUGAAAAAAAUCGUUUUAUUUUCAAUCCGAUGUUGACUUACUUUAGAAGGUUUUUAUCUUUUGCUCUGUAAAUGUAUAAUACAGGAGUCCCCUGCAAUGUCUAGCAAGCUAUUAUCAGUGCAGAAGAUAACAAAUUCUGAAUUAAACAGAAUUUGCAAUAAAGCAAGUGUAAACAUAAGAUCUCUGUCCGCAGGGAGCAGUGACUAGGGCUUCAUAAAAGUGAUUUAACUCCUGAAUGGCAGAGAAUUGAGCAGUGAGAAUGCAUGGGGCAUGUUCUAUACACUAACUGCUUCAUUUAGCUUGUUUUGGUGACUAUAAUGUCCCAUUAAAUCACUUGAGUUUGCUGAAGUGCUGUGUGUGCCAAGAGUCUGACAUUUUUUUUCAACAGUUUACAAAAGUGCCAGUUUAAAUAGAAAUUCGCACUUUUAUAAAUGGAUGCCAAAAUGCCUCUUUGGCUGUCACUCAUGCACUUGUGACUCCAGCACAGAGCCUUCUCAAUGAGAAGCCUCUGAUUGGUCAAUUCCUUGGCAAUACGCAAUGUACAAAAAGCUUCACUGUUUAUUUUUAGCAGUACAAAAGAUAUUCUAUUUUUCUUGCAACAGUGUGGAUUACAUUCAGAGAGUUGCAGGAUGUCGAACUGUUCCAGUGGAGUUGGGAUCCAGAUACACAGAUGUAGAUUGGUCACAGAAAUUAAUGACUAUAAAUGAGUUUAUCAGCAAAUACAUAUUAAAUCAGGUAUGUGUUCUCAAAAUGAUUUCUAAAUACCCUUAAGGCAAUAAAAACCAAAUCAGAAUAUUUGAUUUUAGAAGCAUAUCCACAAGUGUUAAUAGUUCACUUUUAAUGUACACUAUAGGCACCAAGAGCAUCUUAGCUCAAUGAAGUGGUCUUGGUGUCAUCCAUGUCUAACACUGCAACUGAAAACAUUGCCGUUUUGCAGAGCUAACCUGCCUCUAGAGGUGCUUCUACCCCAAUUACUUAAACAGGCCUAUCGAAUCCGUCAUAUAGAGACCAUUUUGCCACGCAUGCGCACUAGCAUUCCAAUAUUUCUCUAUGGAGAUACAUUGGAUUGGCUGAGAUAAUCUACACUGACGAUUUCAGUCAAAGAGGCGGAGCAUGAUAGUGGUGACCGGCACAGUGAGGGCUUAAAGGUAAGUACUCUUGCCUUUCAAACCCUCACACAUUGGGGAGACCUAAAUAGGUGUCAGGACACUAUAGCGUUAGGAAUAUACAAUAGAAGGAUAUUUGUACACCUCCUCCUAAAGCAUUAAUCCCGUGUGGUUUGGUAAUUUUACAGACCAGUAUUCAGAUUUAAAUGAGCUCAAAACCUCUCUUUCACUGAAAUUACAAUAAUUCUAAACACCACAAACAACAUUUACAAAUCAUACACCCCCAUAUAAAGUAAGGACACUUAACCAUGCUCAUUAGGAUUAUACACUUAGUGAGUCAGGGGCAAACUGCUAGAUUUGGAAUAUUGACAGUGUUCCAACAGUACACCAAUAUGUAGAAAUACACAUUUAAAAUAGAUAAAGGGCAUCUGUCCAAGCAUUUUGGUGAAGGGAAAAAUGUAUCUAAUGUAAACAUUUAUCAACUGUCCGUUUAUAUCAAUGAAUAGAUUUAUUUUCUUUUCAACUGAUUUAAUAGAUCUGGCAAAAAGCAUCCUAAGUGAAACCAUGAUAUUGGGGAAACAAUCUCAUCAGCGUAUACCAUAUUAGAGAGAGUGAUUUUCUUGUUUCAUUCUGGUCAUGUUUUUGGAAUAGGAAAAAGUUACAAUAUAUAUUUUAAUGAGAAACGGAAAAACAAAGGAAAUAGGGCAUAAAUAUAUAACUAAAAAGUACAAUAAAAUAGAAAUUAGGAUAAAAAAAGUCCAAGGUAAUAGUCCACAGAUAAAUGAGGAAUGUUCUUUGUAGCGUAAUGAAGUGGUUUCGCCCCUGAUGAUGACUUGUAUUUUCAAUGAGCCAUAUGUGGAGAAAAGUAAAAAGGACAACCAAUGGUACAGUAUGUAGGUAUAGAUGAAUAUAUAUGCAAUAAACUGGAAUUACUCACAAUUUCCAGAGCUAAAAUCCAGCUCUGGUAUGAAGUGCGUGAAGUGGAAUGAUAUAAGGAUAUAUGGAGCAGUAACUUGCAAAAUAGGUGGUGCACCGAGGAUUCCGACCGAAAAUUAAAGCAGAUAAAAUAUAUAGUGCUCACUGUAUAAUAUGAAUGUAAAUAAAAAGAAAAGUAUGAAAUGUACUCACAAUAUAUUGAGCAGUCCUCUCUGCUCAAUUUUUAGCGUAUGGGUGGUAUAAUCCCCACCUAAGGAUUUUUCCGUAAAUUCGUGUUGGUUCAAGUUAGUCAGGUACAAGAAUAAAAUUAAGUAAAAAAACAGGAAUGUGGCAAAAUAUUUGAGGCCAAAAUUCCUUUAUUAUGACAAUAUAAAAAAUAUUAAAACAAAUUCUAAACGCGUUUCGCCCACAACAGGCUUCUUCAAGUAGAAUAUAGUAAAAACCGUAACCUGACUAACAAUGCUUUAUAUAGGGUUUACUAAAUGUACUGGAAUUUGAAUAUUCCCGCCAAAAUGACAUCACAAACUGAAUUUUAAAAUACAUAUCAAAAUAAGAUAACAGUAAUAUCAAUAACAUAUACAUACAUGUACAAAUUAAUUAUAUACUUUUUUUGAUUAUUUUACAAUAUAUAUUUGUCUAUAUAGAGAAGUUUUGUGUUUGGGUUUUUUUGCUUUCAUUUUGUGACUAAUAAUCUCUCCUUCUUAUUUUCUAAAAGCAAGGCUGCACAGGAUAUCUCGCUCAGCAUCAACUAUUUGACCAGGUAACUGGGAGUUUGAUUAGGUUUACGUUUAAAUAAUGAUUGGAGGUAGGGAGGCAAUUUAUAUGUAAUAGGAGGUAUGGUACUGAAGCUUAUUGCUGUGCUGUAAACACGUCUGUCUUGGGAGAUGAAGAUAGGCUUGUGUAUCCCUAUAUUCUGCUAUUCCAACACCCAUAUUGGCUUAUAAAUUUGUUUACCCCUUUACCAAUCUUAUUCUUGUGCAUGGGUGCUAGUUGUUACUAUUUACAUACAAGAGAAUGUAUAGUCCUUAAUACACACAGGCAUUUAAUACCAAUUUCUUAAUUAUAUUUAUUAAAAUAAAAAAAAUCUAGUUUGAACCAACAUCUCAGGCUGAGGCUAUUGUGUUCCUGUGAAAGAUAAGCAACAAAAUAACUGGCUAAAUGAAGCAGUUUUGGUGUAUAGAUUAUGCUCCUGCAAUGUCACUGCUCAUUUCUCUGCCAUUUAGGAGUUAAAGGAACACUAUAGCGUUGGGAAUACAAACACGUUCCUAAUGCUAUUAGUAUCCUACUAACCAUUAAGUGACAGCCCUUUGAUCCUUCACCAUGCCGGUCUUCAUAAUGUUAUACUGCCCCCUGGCUGAAUUUAUCAAGAUUGAUGAUUUCAGCCAAUCUAGUGCUUGGGAAAGCUAGUGUGCAUGCAUGGCAAAUUGCCAAUCACAUGUCAGCUGAUGCUGUCAGCCUUUCGGUAGGUCUCCAAUGACAAAACGGAGUGUAAAAGAGGUAGACCUUUUUUUUUCACUCUGUUUUGUGAAUGUGGAGCGACUGAUAUAUCUCAAAUGGAAGAGGGGGCAGAGCGGACAGGUACUGAACUGAAGACUUUGGAGUAUUCUGGGAGAUGGGUUUUAAAAACGUAAAUAUUUAAAAUAAAAAUAUUCUAAUUUUGUCUUUUUUUUUGCAUGGAAAUUGUAAAGAUCCAUGAACUGAAAGAAGACAUAAGCAUUCCAGAUUAUUGCUGCCUGGGUGACGGGGAUGAAGAUGACAUUACCAUCAAUGCUUGGUUUGGUCCAGCAGGAACAGUGUCCCCGCUUCAUCAAGACCCCCAACAGAACUUCUUAGCACAGGUGUGUCCCAUAGCUGCAAUGGUUACACAAAAAGUCUACAAAAAGAGGAAUAAGAGGGUAUUUGUAUUUUGUGAAGAAACCCAAACAAGUGACAGGCAUGAUGAAUCCAAUAACCUGUACAAUGAAAAGAUUGAAGACAUUUAAUCACACCAGAAAUACAUCCAUUGGUGACAUCUUAUUUCUUGAACUUUUGGCAUCUUUGUCUCCAAGGAGUUUAUUUCGAACUCCAUUUUAAUUGUACUCUCAUGCAUGUGUGAAAACCUUUCUUUAUAGAAGAUCUUGUGUAAUGUGUUAUAUUAGCUGGAUUUUCCAAAUUGUGACACAUGCACAAAGGUGAUAUGUAUCAAUAUAUUUCAAAAUACUCAAUUUAAGAAGCUUAUCCAAAAUAUUAAUUUGAGGCCUAUCUUGGUUUUGCCCUCAGUUUCAAUUGCCACCCACUCCUCCUCCUGCAACAUCAACCUGUCAAAUCCCAAAAGUAGACAUUUAUGGGUAUUGUGGGCAUACAUAUUUGUUGUGUUAUCAGUCUUACCAAUGCUUUAUUUGAUUUUCUUAAUUAAUCAAGAAGUGUUUGUCAUUACAUAGGGUGAGUUGUAGGCAGUGCUUGUGUGCAUUGUUAACUUUGAUAAUGUUUUCUUAGUGGUAUAUGAAGUCCUUUUGGGUGUUGAAGUCACAUUAAAGUAAAAUUGACUUUAACGUGCAGAUAAAUCUGGAGUGAUUAUAAACAGCUUAUCUGCACUCUUUAACAUUCAGAUAUCUCUUAUGCCUUAUCUAUUUAAUCCUUACAGGGAGUGAAAACAUCACACAUGCUUCCAUAAACUGUGUAAGGUUGACUUUGUUAUUAUCUGACAGAUCCACUUUAAUAAUGUAACUUAAAAAUAAGAGUGAAGUUCCCUUUUGUCCCCUUAAAUGUAAUUUUCCUCCUUCAAUGGUUUGGAAGAAAAUAGAGUAAAAACUGAUACAAAAUAAACAAUAGAUAAAGAUUGCAAGCCAGUGUGUCACCUGUAAUCAAAAUAUGUGUUCAUUUCUACAGAUUGUGGGAAGGAAGUAUAUCAGACUCUAUUCAGUGAGUGAAACCGAAAACUUAUAUCCAUUUGAAAGUUCACUUCUUCACAACACCAGUCAGGUGAGUAAACCUUAUUCAGUGCUUCAACCCUAGUAAUAGCCAGCCCUGGCAUUGUGGGUUUUGAGGACCACGUUUACCAUUGUGGUUGGCUGAGAAUUAUGGGAAAAGCAGUCUGCAUUUCAGGGUUGGCUCUCAUGACCUUAUUCCCUGGUGUGUAAUCUGCACAUGUAAAUGUAUUUUAUUUUUAUUUUUUGAAAUCUUUUGUAGGUUGAUAUUGAAAAUCCCGACCUGGACAAGUUCCCUAAAUUUGCACAAUCCAAGUAUCAUGACUGCAUUCUAUCACCGGGUCAGAUCCUCUUCAUCCCAGUACAAUGGUGGCACUAUGUCAGAGCAUUGGACAUUAGUUUUUCCGUCAGUUACUGGUGGUCCUGACAUUUUUUUUCUUUUUUCUUUUUUUUAAAUGUAUUUAAACGAGCACUGUAGAACUUGCCAAAGGACAAAUUUACAAAACUUGUAUCUUCCAUGACCUGUAUGUAAUACGUCUAUUAAAAACUUUAAAUCUUUUGCAAAGAAACUAAAAAGCAAAUUACCACUGCCAAACAGGACAGGUUUAAAGAAGCUUACAUUUCAUGAAAAAUGUUCAAACACUCUUGGGUGCUAUUUUAUAACUGGGGCUUCAACUCCUUAUUUAAAAAAAAUAGGAAAAUACCGUACACAAUAAUUUCACAUUAUCAUAUUCGGGUGUCCAAUAAAAUUCUGGCCAGGUACCCAUUGUAACUGGGGACAACAGAAAAUAGAAGAAAAUAUGAGACAUAACAUUGAUCAAUACAUGUAGAAUGUUAGGUCUGUAACUGAAACUUCACAAUCAUUUAUUUUGUUUGGUGAAUGUGAAGGAAGGUUAUUUUCAGAUUUCCACCGAUGUGUCCUGGGUUGUGAUGGGAAUUUUUGUUGUGUCAAAAAGGAACUGUCUUUCUAGAGAAAUUGAUGGGUUGACUUUUUUUUAACAACUGUGAUAGUGUUUUGCCUAAUCCUUUCUGUGUGUAGUUGGGUAGGGUUAUGGUGCCUGGAGAGCUCUAUCAGGGUAAGUAGUUAAACCGCUUGCCAACUUACCUGGGGUCUGCAUGAUUCCUACUGUCAUUUCUUCUUCUCUGGUAUGUAGCUCCCUGCACUGAGCUAAAUCUGACAAUGCAGAGAUUAGCUCAUUAGCUGAGCGUGUUUUACACUGCAGGGAUAAGCUAAUAGAAGUUUCUUGCAGGGGCAUCCAAAAGAAGAGAAAAAGACGACCAUUUAUAAACAGGACGGUACAAGGGAAAACAGGUUAUCAGUGGAGGCAGCAGAGGAAAUUGUUUACAGCCAGAAUUUAGAAUUGUCAAUAUCUGCCUAGAGGUGGUUUGGUUUUCCCUCCGAUAUAUAGUAUAUCUUCAUUAUUUGGCAAAACCAGGACCUUCUUUUAAAUGGGAUAUAUUAAUAACUUGCUGACUUUUGAAUAGAAACCAGGAACAGGUUCACCUUGAUGGAUAUUAUUUAACCUGUAUGAUUAUAUAAAGUCUAUGGUACUAAAUGCUUCUUUGUACAGUAUGAAGGACAAAACAACUUUUACGCACAGUAAAUUAUUUCCUUGGUAUUAGUGGCAGUACAGUAGGGAUGUUCAAUGGACAAGUUGCACCCAAAGGAUAUUUCCGCUGAGGCCAAGAUGUCUAGCCGGUAGUGCUGAAUAAAUGUAUUAAAAGAUGACCAAGUAGUAGCUUUUACAUAUGUCUUAAGGAGUAGCCACAGCCUUUUCUGCCCAAGAUGUAGCCAUAGCUCUCGCCGCAGGCCACCUUCAGCACUCCAGAUGUUAUUGACUACAUGUUCCCUGAUGCUUUGCCAGCAUUAUGGGUGAAAGAGCGUUAUGGGAGAUAUAGUCCACAACAUCUGGAAUGCCGAAUGUUACCUACCCCUGCGAGUCUAGUGGAACGAGCUUUAAUGUUUUCUGAAAGGGGUUUUCCUUGAACGCAGUUGGUUCAUCGAUUAUUUUCCAUAAUCUAUCUGGCAUUGAAGACUUGGAAGUCUGUUGAUCCUUUUGAUUUUCCUUAUAAAUUGAUGAUGAGAUUUCUUUAUUCUUAAAACCUUGACAGAUGGAUAAUAUUCUUUUGACGUCCAGACAGGGAAAAUCAUCAUCUUUAAGUAAAGAUGUAUUUUGACAGAAGGUUGGUAAGAAAAGUGUCUGUUGUCCUUGAACAAACCUUAGGACGAAAUGAUGGUAUGGGAAAUAAAACUAUUUUGUCUUAAUGGAAGUCUGUAAAUUCUAGUGCCGAAGAAAGUGCCUACAUUUCACAUACCAUUUUGGCUGUGGUAAUCAUAGAAGCAUCUGGUUCUUUUUUGUUGUGGGAGAGGCUUUUUAGUCUGGGAAAUCUGCUCGAUAACAUCUUUUUAUGCACACCCUAAUAAGUUUUCCUAUUCAAAGGAAGUUCACACAAGGCUCAUUUUGAUGUGGUGGCAGUAGACCACGCUUUCUGCCAUAUUGCUCUACGAGCAAUGGAGGAGAGACUGUUUGUUGCAUCCAAUUUCAAUUAUUCAAUCGUCAUUUCACAGACUUAGUCAUGGGCUAGUCUGAUGUUUCUAAAUAAACAAGCUGGGUUCAGAGUAGAUUUUCCUGGGAGAAGUCUUCUAGAGCUUGUAGGCAGGCGUUUUGAGUUCUUGCAACUGAAGCUCCUACGACGGCAACUCUGCUAAAGUAACACAGAGGUUUGGAAGAUACACCUGAAGGGAAUUUCUGCCCACUUAUCCAGUGGGAUUUUAACUUUAACCCGUUUUCUUCCCCGAUAGGAAUUGUGAAUGUUGGCAAUGGGCAUAUCAACUUUUGGGAGUUAUUUCCAAGAUUCUGCUUCCUGAAGUUUAAAAAGCUGUUUUAAUUGCUUGGAUCUGAAUGUUUGUUUUUUCGUGUACAAUCUUGAAGACAUCUUUUUAGUAAAUUUAUUAAACUCCUCCAUAGGAAAACCGGUUUCCUGUUCGGUACCAUUGCUAGAUGUCCCCAAAAAAAUUAUCCUAAGAACAAUUAAGGUGUAAAUGUAGUUCUGCGUCUCUUCUUUCUAAACAGCAGUAUCAUGUUCUCCAGCUUUAAAAUUAUCCUCAUUAAAGUUAGCAAAGGUUUGAGAGAUUUUUUUUUUUUUUUAUUGCUCCCUGAGAGAACGCAUUGCACAGCUUUUUUUCUGCACCCUCCAAAAAGUGGCAUAGCACAUUAUGCACAUGCCAAGUGCUUAGAUUUGCAGGAGGCUCUUAAUUUUGCUCGAGCAUGUUGGCUUUACUCCCAUUUGUCCAUUUUUUAUGGAUAUUUAUGGCUAGACCUCUAAAAUUACUCUAUCAGAAAGAAAAUCACACAGAUAUGAGUAACUCCACCAUCCAGGCCACAAAGCAAGCUCAUUGCCCAUGAUAGCUUUUUGGUGUUGGAUGACCCCAUGUAGCAAGCAGUGCCUACCACCACCUCAGCACUGCAAUACUAAAUUUCUGGAGGCAAAAACUCAACGGUCCCACUCGUAGGAUAUGAAAGAAUUGGAGAGCCUUCUGAUGUGAAGGUUUUUAACCCCUUAAGGACCAAACUUCUGGAAUAAAAGGGAAUCAUGACAUGUCACACAUGUCAUGUGUCCUUAAGGAGUUAAAGG